GAUGACCCGCACGGACCCACCGGACCUGCUGGUGUCGACCGUGUACCAGGACAUCAAGGUGGCGGCCCCGGGGCCAGCGUCCAGGCGCCAGCCAUGUGAGCAAUCCGUGGCCCGGCCUGCUGCGCCCGCGCCUUUCAACAAGCGCCACUGCCGCAGCUUCGAUUUCCUGGAGGCACUGGACGGGCCGGCCAUGGAGGCCCACCCAGAGCCUCCACUCCCGGAGCCCGCUGCUCCGCGCGCGCGGCCCCGAGAAGGCGAACCUCGGCGCCGCGCCCGCUCCAAGAGCGCGCCCCGAGCGCCCCCGGGCCUGGCACCGGCGCCCACCUCGCCGCCGGUGCUGCAGCGCCGAGGCCGGGAGACUCAGCGUGCGAUGCGGGUAGAGGGGUCGCCUCGCCGGGAGCCUGCGUACCCCGCGCUGCGCGCUCUCGCCAACGAACUGCACCCUAUUAAGCUGCAGCCACAACGGAGCGGCCCUGGCCGCAUCACGCCCCUGUGUGCCGCCCCUGGCCGCUGUGCGCCACCAGAGCCCCCCACGGGGCCCGCCCCCCAUGUCCGAUGCCGACUGGACAUCAAGCCAGAUGACGCUGUGCUGCAGCACGCCGCCCGGGGUUCGCGGCCCUGUGGGCCCGUAGACAACACGUCCUGGGCCCGUGCAGCCCCGCAGUUCCACGGCCUUACGGUGCCUGGUCCCCGCCACGUGGCGCUCUCGCGUACCCCCACCCCCAGUGACUUGUACUGUGCGGACCCCCGGGCGCUGUACUGCGACGGGCCCCUGCCUGGACCUCGGGACUACUCUGAGCGCCGCAGUCAGCCCUUCAGCACACCUCCAGGCCCUACACAAUUCUUCUACACCGAGGAGCCCGAGGGCUAUGCAGGAGGAUUUCCGGCCAGCCCUGGUCCUCCCUUCGAUGGCUACUGCCCUAGGCCCUACCCAUCCGAAGAGACCCGGGGUCCCAGUCCGAGGCGUGGGGGCGGCUACUAUGGAGGGGAAGUGCGCACUUUCCCGAUCCAGGAACCGCCCUCCCGCUCCUACUACGGGGAGGUCCCCAGGGCCUAUGGACUGCCCUUUGGUCCCCGCUACGUUCCUGAGGAUCCUCGGGCCCACACCUUCUACACAGAGGACUUCGGGAGGUACCGCGAGCGUGACGCCCUAGCUCGGACUUACCCGCACUCACGCAACAGCUCAGCCUGGGCCGACUGGGGACCCCGGCCUUACCGCACCUUGCAGGUAGUGCCUCCCUCGGUCCCCGGCCCGCUGCUGGCCUCGUGGCAUGGCGGCACCGCCACCAGCCCGCCCCGGCUGGCCACAGACAGCCGCCACUACUCACGCUCAUGGGACAACAUCCUGGCGCCAGGGCCCCGCCGGGAGGACCCCCUAGGCCGGGGCCGCAGCUAUGAGAACCUGCUAGGGCGGGAGGUUCGGGAGCCGCGGGGCGCAUCCCCCGAAGGCCGGCGCGCGCCAGUAAUAGUGAACUUGUCCACCUCACCCAGACGCUACGCGGCGCUCUCGCUGUCUGAGACCUCGCUGUCCGAAAAGGGCCGUGCGGGGGAAGGCCUGAGCCGUAACUGGUAUGUCACUCCAGAGAUUACCAUCACCGACAACGACCUGCGCGCMGCCGAACGCCCGACUGUCAGGGGCUGGGAACUGCCGGGAGGCCGGCCGCGUCUGCCCGCGUCGGUGGCUCCCAUGGGCCCCACCUCUGGCCGCCAGCGCAGCCUAGAGCAACUAGACGAGCUCAUUACCGAUCUGGUCAUCGACUCCAGACCACCGGCAGGCCAAGCCCCAGAGCCGGCGGCAGAGGGGCUGGGCCGCCAGCUGCGCCGCAGCGCGCUGGACUCACGGCCCGCGGGCCCUGGAGCCCCGGCGCUGGCACCUCCGCGUUCGCCCCCUGCCUCUGCUGGCAGCGUCGAGGAGCCUGCAGGCCCGGGCGAGGCAGCCAACGGGUCUCCAGAACCCAGUGCGGACGAGGACGAUCUGAUGACCUGCUCCAAUGCGCGCUGCCGGCGCACGGAAACCAUGUUCAACGCCUGCCUCUACUUCAAGUCCUGCCACAGCUGCUACACUUACUACUGUUCACGCCUGUGCCGCCGCGAGGACUGGGACGCACACAAGGCGCGCUGCCUGUACGGCCGCGUAGGCAGCGUGUGCCGCCACGUGCUUCAGUUCUGCCGUGACAGCGGCCCCGUGCAUCGCGCUUUCUCGCGCAUCGCUCGUGUCGGCUUCCUGUCCCGCGGCCGCGGCGUGCUCUUCCUGGGCUUCCCAAGUCCUGGCUCGGCCGACAACUUCCUGCGCUUCGGUCUCGAAGGGCUGCUGUUGUCGCCCACUUACCUGUCCCUGCGUGAGCUGGCUACACACGCAGCGCCCCUGGGCAGCUAUGCGCGAGAGCUGGCGGCCGCAGGGCGGCUCUAUGAGCCGGCCGAGUGCUUCCUACUCAGUGUGUCGGUGGCGGUAGGUCCGGGCACGGCGCCCUCCGGGGCGCCCGCUCGGCCGGCGCCCGCGCCUCGCAGCACUGGGCCCACUGUGCGCAAGUUCGCCAAGGUGGCACUGGCUGCAGGCAGUCCCGCGCGGCCGCCCCCCGUGCGGGGCAGUGAGCCUGACAUGGAAACAUUGAUUUUGACCCCGCCACCAGGCACGGCGGGCCUGGACCAAGAGGGAGAGGCGGGCCGGCGGGCUAGAGAGGUGGCCUUCAUCCACAUCCAAAGGGAGCUGCGGCUGCGAGGUGUUUUCCUGCGCCACGAGUUCCCGCGCGUUUAUGAGCAGCUCUGUGAGUUCGUGGAGGCCAACCGACGCUUCACGCCCACCACCAUCUACCCCACAGACCGGCGCACCGGCCGCCCCUUCAUGUGCAUGAUCAUGGCUGCUUCUGAGCCACGCGCGCUGGACUGGGUGGCCAGCGCCAAUCUGCUGGACGAUAUCAUGUGAGGCUUGAGGACACCAGACUCAGGCCCUGAUCAGAAUCCUUGCCUAGCCCACUCAGGCCCCGCCCGGUCCACUCAGGGCCGCCCCCGAGCCCCGCCCAACUCACUGAAUCCAUCCAGGCCCACACCAGCCCCUCAUGCUGCUUCUCUUGAGCCCUGCCCGGACAAAUUCCCCCGCUCCCAGCUCCCCCCAUUUUCCCACACCCCACUGUGCCCUCCCAACUCUUUCCUCCCCACAACAACUCACCGGGCUGCCCAGUUCCCACCUUCCAGAGUCAGCCUCUCCAGGCCCACAGAGACCGGUCCUCGCCCUAGGUGCUCCCCGCUGGGAGGUGGGGUGGGCCUGAGGACCUCCAGGCUCUGCCUUUUUGCUGAGGGUCACUACUGCACAGACCCUACUCAUGCAAAUGGAUCCAUAUCUGCUCUGGGGCUCUGAUGAAGCCUCUGCUCUCCCUCCCUGCUCAUCCAGGAGCCUGUGUUGACCAAAGUCUAGUAUAGGCACUUUAAGCUCACCUCCUGUCUCUGGGGUGUGACUCCCUCAGAGACCUUUCUUCCUGGAGAACACCCUGAUUAGCCUUCGUGCAUCCAUGCCCCAAGUGAGAAAGCUAUGUGUGAGUGCCGAGCCAGACUCUGAGGUGUUGCUCAUCCUGCAGCCUCUCACCUCUGACCACCUUGGUCUAAGUCUUGCAGGAGAGGUUGGAUACUCAGAGGUCUUCAAGCCAAGGGCAAGCCCACCAGCCAGAGGGGAUUUUGGGCAGGAAAAGCAGAGCAUCCGGGUGUGGGCACAUGCCAGGCAAGGGUCUGGGGUCUGCCCAUACCCAACAAGAUGGCCCUAGACAGGUGCCAGAGUAGAACAUGGUGGUGGGCAUGCAAAGGCAGGCCCUAAUUUGGCAGGAGGUCAGAAGCAUGUACAUAGGAUGGACCAGCUGGGAGGACAGCACAGAGGCCUUCCAGGAAGCUGCAUCUACCUGCUGCCAAAGGAAGGACCUGGAAGGUUCAGGGGGAUCCUCAGAUAGUUGCUGGGUAGAGAAAGAGGAGUGAGUUAGCAGCCAAUGGAGUUUCAACUGAAGAGCUAUGUAACAAGCCCGAGGUCAGGUCCCUCCAUUGCACGAUUGCACACAGGUCCCAGUGCUCUCACUCUGCUACUCACGAGCUUGGUAUGCCUUGGUAUGCACACCCAGACGGCCCUCAGCUGUGCCCUCUCCCCACCACUCUUCCCUUGGGCAUCCUGCUCCGCACCGGGGCUCCAAAGAGGACAGUGUAACUGAGAAAGGAGAUAGGCCAGGCGCUGUGCAAGGGCCCUCGUGGAUCCUCUAAUCCCUUCGGAGCCAGAGGAGGGGGCAUUAAGCGCGAUAAAUUGUGAGCCCUGCCUCCGCGCCCUGCUCUCACCCCUGACGGUGUCUCCACCCCGACACUCCUGAGCCCCCGCCCGGGCCUGCGAUCUGCACCGGCACGGUGCCCCGCUUGCUGCAAUCGCUGCUGCGCCCCG